UGUGGUGAGUCACGUGACCACACAGCUGAUGGCACCCCCUCCCUGUCCCUCUCCCCUCCCUCUCUUCCCUGUUCACGGUCCCAUCCUCCCCCGGGGCCUCUAAUUGUCCAGUGCCACCCAACUAGUUAGCCCUCGCCACCCACACCUGGGCACCCCGGCGCUAAUGAGGCUCGCCAAGUGGACGCUCUGAGUUAUUGAGUCACCUGCAGAGACAUGAACUUUGCUGAGGGGUCGCGAGUGCUGUUUGUUGGGGAGGGGGACUUCUCCUUUGUCGCGUCACUCUCCCAGCAGGGCCUGUGUGCCGGGAUACACCUCACGGCCACUUCACUUCAGGAGCAGCAGAGUGAGAGGGCAAGAAGCAACGUGGAAGUGUUGGUUGAGCGAGGUGUUAAGGUUGUAUUAGGAGUGGAUGCCACCCGCCUGCACCUCCACCCUGUCAUUCGGCACCUCCGCUUCACCCACAUUGUGUUUAAUUUUCCACACGUUGGCGGAAAGAUGAGGAUCGACUUAAACAGGAAACUUCUUCGUGAAUUCUUUCAAAGUGCAGUGGAGGUGCUGGAGUGUGGAGGGCAUGUGGUGGUGACACUAUGUGGAGGUCAGGCCGGUGUGCCCCCUGACCCAGUGGUGCGCCGCUGGGAUGACUCGUGGAAGGUGGUGCUCAUGGCCUCCUACGCUGACCUGGUUUUGAGAUCCAUACAAAAGUUUAGUCCAGACAGCUUCCCCGGAUACACAGCAACAGGAUACAGGUCCUUGGAAAAAACCUUCUGCCAGGAUGGAGCUUUGAUGUUCAUGUUUCAAGUCUGUGAACUGUCACCUGAGCCACUUGAUGCAGAGGCCACAGAAAGCGUGUUACUCUGUGAUGGCUGCAGCAUCAAACUCCCUGCCUUUCUCCACUCACAGCUUCAGAUGGACAUAAUGUCUGAUAAGUCCUCAUUUGCUGGAUAUUUGUACAGCUGGGUGGUGGGGCUACUCAGUGCCAAUCUCACAGUUUACUGCCAAGAGACACUGGUGUUUAGGAAAGAGACACAGUGCAUGAGUCUUGGGAAGUGUGAGACUGUUAGUAUAUGUAAAGAUCAGAGAGAAUGCACCAUAUUUUGUCACCCGUCAUACAGAAUCAAUGAGGAAAGUUUACAGCUGGAGCCUCUUGUAAUCCUGUUUUAUUCAGGAGACACAGAAAUGCUGGAAAGUGUCUUGUCCCAGAGUGUAACCCUUAAUGUCAGAAAUGUCAGCCAUUCAUUCACUCCAGUUGCUAGACAGCUUGCCGUAAGGGACUUUACAGACCAGAUGUGCUUCAGUGAUGACCAAAGCUGUGCAGGAAGUGUUGUGUGUUGUGUGGUGAGUGUAGCAGCCCUGGCCAGGCACUGUGGUGUGGAGGAGGAUGAGGUGUGGGCAUUGGGACAGUCUGUCAGCCUUUGUGGUGAUGUCCUCACAUUCACCCAGUGGAGCCUUUGCCCAGUGGAGUACAUUUAUGACCUCAGCUUUUGGGAUUCCAUAGCAUCAGGUGGUGAAAACAAUGCACUGGUCUCUGGUACUCUUAACAUGACAAUUGAUACGAUAAUCACCAACAUGGGGAGAGGAACAGUUAAGAGUUACCGGCUGCUGAGUUCAUACAGCCACCCAGUGCUGGGGCGCAGGAGUCACACAUAUCGCAUUGAGUACAGGAGCUGGCAUGGGGCGCUGUCUGACCAGGGUGCAAAACAGGUACACUCUCAGAUUGGACAGCAGCUUGAAAAGUGUCUUGGGGUGGAGGUGAGGUAGUGUGUAUGACUGGGGAUGACCCACACACCUAUCCUGUGAUCAAGACAGCAGUUACCUGACUUAAUAUAAAUACAAAAUAAUACACCAUUUUGUAAUGAGUCUUGUAUAAAAGCAUGACAUUAAAUAAUUCACACCAGA